CAAACGAACAAACGAACAAACGCACAAACGAACAAACGAACAAACGAACAAACGAACAAACGAACAAACGAACAAACGAACAAACGAACAAACGAACAAACGAACAAACGAACAAACGAACAAACGAACAAACGAACAAACGAACAAACGAACAAACGAACAAACGAACAAACGAACAAACGGACAAACGGACAAACGGACAAACGGACAAACGGACAAACGGACAAACGGACAAACAGACAAACGAACAAACGGACAAACGAACGAACGAACGAACGAACGAACGAACGAACAAACGAACAAACGAACAAACGAACAAACGAACAAACAAACAAACAAACGAUCAAACGAUCAAACGAUCCAACGAUCAAACGAUCAAACAAACAAACGAACAAGCGAACAAGCGAACAAGCGAACAAGCGAACAAGCAAACAAGCGAACAAACGAACAAGCGAACAAAUGAACAAACGA